CGCCCCAACCACCGUACUCCCAGCUUCCCAGGGCACCGCCUGGCGGCCGGGUGUCCCAAGGCUCCGCUCUCCGGGGCUGCGACGGAGGCGCAGGCGGCGGCAGGAAGAUUGGCUAUUACCUUUUGGAAUGAUGUCCACAAUGAAGUUAGUGUUGACACUUCUGUUUUCUGGCAUUAUAACUAGUUGCAGAAGUAAUUCUACCUAUAAUUUGGUGCCCCGGUUACUCUUGGUAUCCUUUGAUGGCUUCAGGGCUGACUAUCUAAAGAAGUAUGAACUUCCUCAUCUUCGUAAUUUUAUCGAAGAAGGUGUCUUGGUGGAGCAUGUUAAGAACGUUUUCAUCACAAAAACUUUUCCAAAUCACUACAGUAUAGUGACAGGCCUGUAUGAAGAAAACCAUGGCAUCGUGGCUAACUCAAUGUAUGAUGCAGAAACACAAAAACGUUUUUCAGAAUCCAAAGACAAAGAUCCUUUUUGGUGGAAUGAAGCAACCCCCAUUUGGGUAACCAAUGAGCUUGAAGAAAACAGAACGAGUGCUGCUGCUAUGUGGCCUGGUACUGAUGUGGCUAUCCACAAUACAACUCCUUCCUAUUUUAUGAAUUAUAAUUCUUCAGUAACAUUUGAUGAGAGAUUAGACAAUAUUGCUAAAUGGCUGAACAACUCAGAUCCUUUGGUUACCUUUGCAACACUUUAUUGGGAAGAACCAGAUGCAAGUGGACACAAAUAUGGACCUGAAGAUAAAGAGCAAAUGAGUGUUGUGUUGAAAGAAGUAGAUAACCACGUUGGUCAUCUUGUCCAUAAACUCAAGACAUUGGGAUUGUGGGAAAGCCUAAAUGUGAUCAUUACAAGUGAUCAUGGGAUGACCCAGUGUUCUAAGGAUAAAAUGAUAAAAUUGGAUGCCUGCAUUGAUCGCUCAAGCUAUACUAUAGUAGACACAACCCCAGUUGCUGCCAUACUGCCUAAAGAAAAUCAAACUUAUGUUUUUAAAAAGCUAGAACACUGCAAUACUCACAUGAAAGUCUAUCUUAAAGAUGGUAUUCCAGAAAGAUUUCAUUACCAGCACAAUAAACGAAUUCAGCCAGUUCUUUUGGUUGCGGAUGAAGGCUGGACAAUUGUGCUUAAUGAAUCAUUUAAAUUAGGUGACCAUGGUUAUGAUAAUUCGUUGCCAAGCAUGCAUCCAUUCCUGGCUGCCCAUGGUCCUGCUUUUCACAAAGGCUAUAAGCACAGCACAAUUAACAUUGUAGAUAUUUAUCCUAUGAUGUGUCACAUCCUGGGAUUAAAACCACAUCCAAACAAUGGAACUUUUAGUAACACUAAGUGUUUAUUAGCUGAUCAAUGGUGCAUAAAUCUCCCAGAAGCUAUCGGAAUAGUGAUUGGUGCCUUUCUGGUGUUAACUACUCUGACCUGCCUCAUCAUUAUCAUGAAAAACAAACUGUCUGUUCCACGGCCGUUUUCCCGUCUUCAGCUACAAGAAGAAGAUGAUGAUGAUCCUUUGAUUGGAUAGCCUGUGCAAAGUCUUGACUGUGUCUUGAAGCACUCAUUUGAGUUAAGUCAUCAAACAUAGGAGAAUUAUGCUGGAUGGUAUAUCAUCAAAAGGUACAGUUCAAAAGAAUUACAAAGGAGUUAGACCAAACAUGUUAACAGUUGUUUUUAUACAUUUUUCCGUGUGUUAGCAAAUAUAACUACACUGACCAUAGAUGAGUUCACUAGACAAGCUAAAAAGUGAUCUCUUUUGCAAACUAGAAAAGUCUUGUGCAGCAUUAUUUAUGCCACUUUUUGUUUUUGCAACUAUUGUACCUCCAAAUACCAAAAACUUAGCAAGUAUCUGGGUCUCUAGUGAAUCUUUAUAUAUGUAAAUGAAACAAAAUUCUUCAUGCAGUUCUUGCACAUUCAUGUAUCAGGGAGAAAAGAGUUUCUAUAUUUUUGUAUUAACCUUUAAUAAGACCUUCCCCUCAACUAAUAUAUACAUAUGGUGAAUUGCUGUCUUUGUUGUAGAGUUAGGAAAUAGGAAAGCAGAGAUCCAAUUUAAGAAGCAAUGAUUCUUAGGAAAGGUAAUGGGAGUUAAAUUUUUGCUAGUCCGGUGUGUGUUUGUCACCAUUCUUGAGAAAUACUUCUUAUUUUAUGACUCUAGUCUGCUGAGGUCUUACACAUACUUCUUGAAGAAUUGUACCAGAUUAGAAAUGUAGAAGGAAAUAUGACAAAGUAUUAAAUAUUUUAUGAUUGCCUUUCCUGCAUAAAGUACAACGUAUUUAGUGUCUGUGUGGCACCUGGGCUUUUCUUUUCUUUUUUUUUUUAAAGAGAACCCAGCAACCUAACUUUAACAUUAGGUCCAUGGGCAAAAUUUCAAAUAACCAUUAGGCUAAUUAAUGUUAGCCUUUUAGGAAGAUUUUAUUUUUGCACUUAAAUGUAAGUUGGGGGGGGGGGAGUUUGCACUUUAACUUUAGCACUUAAACAUCCUAUCUUUGUAACUCAUGGAUUAAAACUAUACUUUUUUUUAAUCACUGAUUUUGGUUACUAUUGCUAACUUUCUCAUGUUAUUUAUUUUAACAUCUAAUAUCCUGUUACUAGGAAAUAUAUGAAUAUUAGGUUUAAGAAGUUCUCUCCCCUUUGAACAUUCUUGGUGGCUCAACUUUCUAGGCAGUUUGGUAGUUCAGAGAACUAGUACUGAGAGUUAGGAUUUUUUUACCUUAUUUGUGUGUCAUCUUUAAAGAAUAAAAAUUAUUUACACUGUGAUUUUUAUUAAUACUGUGACGUUGCUGAGUAUCCCAAAUAACUUUGUUGACCUUAUUUUCAGUUCUUAUUUGUAUCACAGAAACGUUGUUUCUCAUAUUUUGACUGGCUUAAAGCCAAAGAUUUAUCAUGAAGGAGUGUCCUUCCACCCAAGGGUGGCACUUCCCUUGCUAAUUGAAAAUUUAACAUUCUUAUAAGGAAGGUAACACAUUGCAUUCUCAGUCACUAUUUAGUGGAAAAUUUUGUCUCUGUAAUCAGAGAAAUGCCCGAGACAAGUGGUUAAUAGAACUUGUGAUCUUUAAAAAGUUAGUAGUGUGAAAUAUUGAAUAGCUGAGCUUGUAAACAUCAAUAUUGGAAGACACUCUGCACAAAAUAUUUUGUUUUCUAAGUAACUUAACUUUUGAUUAUUUGUGAUGAUGGAAUAUGGCACUCUUAUUGGUUAGCAAACUGAUUGAGUCAACCUGUGUGGUCAACUUUGGCCCUAUUCCUGGUAGCAGAAUUCUUUGACUAAUCAGGUCAGUUGGCCUCUAGAGAAGAUUCCCAGACCAGCUCUGCAGAAAUAACUUUAAGUGUGACUACUGUACAUGCAGGUAAAAGGGAGUAUUGAUUAUUGAGGGCACGUGAACAAACAGAUUAUUUCAGGAUUAUUUACCUUUUUGACAAAUAUUUGUAUCUGCUUUUUCCCAAAGGCCAGGGAAUAGGUAAUAUAAGGGGGUAUUAGUUUAUUUUUAUGAAUUAUUGUAAGCAUUGCUACAUAAUUCAGACUAGAAACUUACUUGUAGAACAAAAUUAACCCAAAAGAAUCUAAUUGCAAAAUAUUUUCAGAAUUUUAAAAUCUGGGGUAUUGGACUGUUUUUAGAACAAGUGCCUGAAAUAUGAUAGUCAAUUGUUUUGUAGUAAUUGGGGCAGAAGUUGGCCCUUACAAUCAGUAGGCUUAUUGAUACUCAAAAAGUUUUCAUGACUCCUUUCUGAAAAUCUCAACUUUCUGAAAUUGCAGCAUGUUUGUUAAUGAAUUAUUUAAAACAAGAAUAUGCAUUUAUCUGUUAAUGCCAACAAAGUUGGAUUCUUUUUUGUUGUUGUUAAUAUAUAUCUUCCUGGAGAAAAGAACAGUACUUAAAAUGAAAAGUUUAUUGUUAAAUUAUACUUUAAGUUAAUUUACAGUAUGAAAGUUUUAAUCUGCAACUUUAGAAAAUAAGCCAGGAGCUGCUGUAGUACACUGGAAAAAUACCUAGUAAAAUUAACCUUCUUACAAAAAUUGCUAUAAUAUUUUGCUAAGCAUUUCAAAUAUUUGAUUAGUAAAGCUGAUAUCUUUUUACAUACCACUUAAAAAUGAAAUAUUUAUUAGUGGAGAUUUAACAGUUUCCAACAAUGUCAGUCAAAGGUGGUAAGAAGAAUUUUGACUAUUUUUUUUUUAUUAAGAAUGAAACUGAUAGAAGGUAUCUUUAUAGAUAGAUGGAAGGGGGGGCAGUUUUGCUUUUCCCUUGAACAUCUAAAAAACUGAACUCUCUCAAAUGAUAUUCCUUGUAGUGAUCUGUUAUGCUUGUUAUAGGAGCUUGAAUAUCAAGUUACUUGGGACACAGGAAAAUUGAAAGUGUUUUUUCAUGGUUUUUGUUUGCCAGUAUCUGGUAAGCUCUGAGACCUGGGUGGGGGGGAGAGGGAGGGAAGGGGUAGUUGGAGAAGAUGCUGCCGUUUUUGAUAAAGGUAGUUGUUUGAAGGGAAAAGGAUGAUUAGAAAUGUUUAAUCAUUUUCCCCUCAUUAAAUACUGUGUGUGAAUAAAGUACAUGUAAACAAAGUACUAUUUUUAAAAUGUAGUGCCUUAAAUUUUAAGUAAAAUAUUUAUAUUUUGUCUUUAUUGUUUGGAUUUCUGUGGAGAGAUUUUUGUAUAUACCUUUGGGGGGAAAAAAACAGCUUACCAAUAAAAAUUAUCCUCAAA